GAAUAUUUCUCUUUCGAUAUGGCCACCGAAAGGUUUUAUCGAAAAUAGAAUUAAUAAAAUCAAAAGUCCGCACAGAAGAGAUUGCUAACCGUGACCCGUCGCAUUCUGGUAAUUUGGUUUCCUUUCUGUCGAAACCACGGUGAGGAUUUUUACACAGAAGUGGUACAGCCAUGCAGAAUUUUGACGAUCUUGAUAUAGAAGGUCGUAAUCCUACUCAUUUAUCGGAGGCGGGCAAAGAGAAGGAAGAGUUUGAUCGAAAGCGUUUAAUGAGGAGCAGCGUCACUGCCGAAGAUGGCACGCUUAGACCCGUGUACUCGGAAACUGAAGAUGGCGAUAUAUGGUGUCAUAUAUGUAACAUAGCUCUGUUCGGGGCUCAUAAAUUACUAAAUCAUAACAUGUGUAAUCGUCACAAAAUGAAAUUAGACGAAUGGCCAUAUCCAGUUUUAUUAUGGUCCAAACGAUCGGACAUUGUAAAAACAACUCCACCUGCACAGUCGACCACCAUUGGUGAUAGUCUAGCACCUGGAGAACCAGUACCACCUGGUAUGGAGGACCAAAUAACAAGAACAACAACAAUCCAAACGAGUCUCGAUCGACAUAGAAGUUCUCCUCUCGUUGGUCUCGAAUAUCUACUCGAACUAGUGGAUAAUGAUUCCUGUGAACCCAGUUAUACGUGCGUUUUAUGUGAUAAACGGGGUGAUCCCCGUACCGUCAUGGCUCAUAUAACCAGUUAUAAUCAUAGAAUAACGUAUCUAAACAGACAUUUUCCAACUAUAUCGCGAGCUAUUACGGAAUUACCGCGUACUCCCAAUUAUAAACGCGGGGCUAAUGAAAUAUCGGUGUUAGUGGCUAAGAAGAUCGAAGAACGAUUUGGAAGAUUGCAGCCUCAGUUGGUAGACAAGAAUCAAUUUGAAAAGAACAAAAUGCAGUAUAUCAAGAGAGUCUAUCAUGAUUAUCAUUUUAGGGAAACGCCAGAGUUAACAUUUAUGGAUGUUUAUGAUGUGCGAUGGGUAACAGACUUUGAAGAAAAGAUGGCUGAAAUCGCUGGUAACAGUGGUGUGAAGAAAGAUUGUCAACCUACCGAUGAGAAACCAGAUGAUAAACAUAAAAGUGAAGACAAGAAACAUGAAAAAUCAUCACCGAAGAAAACAGAGUCCAAAUCAGAGACUACAAAAUCGGGAUUCAAGAUUCGUAUUUUCACAAGGGAUAAAUUAAAUAUCCGUAAACCGUUAGACAAAGAGGAAGAGCCCGUGAAAAAGUCUCCCAAACGUCCCUCCGACGAAACUAAGUCCCUCUCGUCGCUCUCGAGCAUAUCGAGCAGUCCGUCGCCGUCGCGUUCAAGGUCACGGUCGCCGAUUCGUAGUCGUAAGACCAAUUCGAUAGACAAGGGUGGAAAGUAUCGCGUGAAACCGCGAUACUCGCGGGACCGGACGCGAUCGCACACGCGCUCGCAUUCGCGGUCCCCGGAGCCGCUCAGAGAACGAGACAAAUGGGACAAGUAUCGCGAGCAGAUCAGACGCGCCGAAGAGACGCUCGAUCGCGCGUUGAAAUUUCACGAGAAGAACCCGGAGAAGCAUCCCUCUUACCCGGCCGAGUGGAAGAAAUUUUGGAACAGGCGGUACAAAGAGUUGCAAGCGGAGGGCAAGGAUCCCAGUAAGCACGAUUUCAAGCCCGAGUGGAUCGAGUUCUGGAACAAACGUAUGCGGGAGAUCCAUAACGAGCAAUUGCAACAGCGGAAAGAGGAGAUCAGAAAACGGUUGGAGUUGCCGGAAGAUAAACCGCCGGAGAAAUGGAUACCGCCGAACAGGCGCGACAGAUCGCCGCCGAAACGAAGCAGACACCGCGUGGAGAGCGACGACGAGGUCGAGUACGUCGGGACGAAAACCAUUAAGACGGAAUAUUACGAUCAUCACGAUAUGAGGGACCGCGAUUACGCGUAUUCCUCGUACAUGCGUGGCAGGGGUGGCAUGUAUAGAAGCAGUUACUACCCGCGUGGCGUUCCGCGUACGAGAUCGAUACAUUACGCGACACCCUACCCGGUGAAAGAAAAGUCUCCGAGCCCCAUACCGGACGAGGUAUUGACCGAGGAUUUGGAAGUGGUAGGCUUGUUGAGAUUGCUCACGGCGCUGGAGGGUCAACUGGGCUCCCUCGGGCCGAAGAUAGUGUCCCUUCUUUCGAAAGCGUUGGCGGCGGAGAAAGCGAAACCGAACUCCGCCGAGGAGUUGCUGUACGACGAGGAGGUGAGCGUUCUGUUCGAGACGGUGAAGGAGAAACUGAAGGGUCAGCUGUUCGCUGGCAUGAUAGAGAAAAUGGCGAUCACGCCGACGAAGUCAGCGAUACAAAAUAUCGCUCAGCUGUUGCACAAAGCGGCGGAGAGCAAAAAGAAAAUCGAGGAGGAGAAGAAGAAGAAACGAGAGUUGGAGGCUGCCAAGUCAGCGAGUUAUAUACCGAGAACGGUUUACGCGAGGCCGGUAGAGGUUAUUGCGCCCGCGAUUAAAUCGGAACCCGUUAGCGUGCCUGGCGUAGGCACUGUAGAUAAGAUGGCUAUAGCUCAACAAAUAGCGGCUGCUCUGGUAGCGCAAGGUAGAUCGAACGUUUCCCAAGAAGAGCUGGAGACUCUUAUCAACGCUGUUGUAGGGAUGGCCGAGGCGUCGAAGAAUUCCGAUCGGCCAGUAACCACGGCUGAUUUCGUUAAAGGGUUGGCGAGGGGUAACAAUUCCCUCGGUCAAACUACGACCUCGCCUGCAACGUCAACGAUAGACACCGUGGAACGACAAACUUCUAAAAUGGAGAGUUUAUCGGACACGGACUUGAAGUCGCUUCUACAGAAUUUCAAAGACUUGAGCACGCAGGAGCAACACGGUCUAAUUAAUUUCUUGAAAAAAUUGGAGGUGACCGAUCCGGUCCGAGUAGAAAAAUUGAGAGCCUUCGUUAACUUAGGCACAACGUCGUUGAUAGCUUCGACCCCGAAGACGAAGUCUCCGACGCCCGACAAGGUCGAAACGACUAUUAAAUCGAGCAGAAGUAUCUCGCCGUUCUCGGUGCGCAAAGUAAAUCAGAAUCCCAUCGAGGAGGAGGAUAAAUGGAAGCCUAAGAUAGAUAUGUUCGCGAACGACGACGAGGAAGAGCAACAGACAAAGGCCGAUAACGACGAGAAACAAAAGACGAAGUUGGAGUUGUCGGACGACGAUGACGAUUACACGUUCGAGGACAUUUAUAAGGCGGCGGACAAAAAUGUGAUCGAGAAUGAAAAGGCGAAGAAAAAGUCGCGAGCGUUCUCGAAAUCGGCGUCGAACUCCCCGCGUUCGUGGACGCGGUCACGUUCGCGGUCACGGUCACGUUCACCGGUGAGAUCGAAAGACCUGACGAAAACCAACGAUCCGAAUGCAAUUUUGAACGAGACUAAACGAUUGAUCGCUAACAUAAUGGGGGAUCUUCCGAACAAAUACGUGCCAAAGUCGCAUCUUGGAACCGAUAAUAUCGAACACAAUGUAUCGAAGCCGUUGGACCAAAUGUCCAACACGUCGACGGGUUCUGUGUCAAACUUUUACAAUCAGGGUUAUGUUCCGAGUACACAACAACCUUGUUCUCGUCCUCAGGGACCCCCGUUAAGUUACCCGAGCAUAUCGAAUCAACAGUUUCAAAAUUAUCCGCAACAAGUUUACAGUGGUAAUCAGGGUUACAUGGACAAUGGGUAUAAUUACCAGGGUUACAGUGGUCUAGCCAAUCAAGGUCAGUAUAGCGGACCGUCAAUGGCGUCCAAUCAAUACCCGAAUCAGCAGAACUACGGUGGUUCACCGUACGGUGCACCACCCGCGGGACACUCGUCGAGUUACUCUCAACAGCAACCGCAACAACAAUACGGAAACUAUGUGCAACAACAACGUUUUUAUUGAAGUGAUAUCCGGUUUAAAUAUCUUUCGUACGAGCGUAUCGAACUUUUACUGUGACUGUAAAAUUUAUUUACAAUUGUUACGGAACCGAUUCUUUCCUCGGGCUCUGAGUGUCUCUGGGAGGUUUGAAUGUUACUAGUUGAAGGAAUCUUAAUUGACAUAUAGUAACGAUCAGGAUCUCUAACCGAAAUGAAUUUAAUGUAUAAGUACAUUUUAAUAUUUAAACUGUACCAAGUUUUCCAUUAUGACGUUUGAUAAAGAGCAUCCUGGUCCCUUUUAUAGAAAACAAAAAAUGAUUGAAAAUACGCUUAUUUCUUUGUCACAGAACUUCCUGACGAAUUUCACGUUUACAUUUAUCGCGUCAGAUUUUAUACGUUUAUAAUUCGCGUACGUCUCGCGCCUCGUCGUUGGCGAGAGGUUUGAAUUUAUUGAAAAUAUUCCCGCUUUAUUGAACUGUAUCACAUGUGCAAGGAGUGAACGUGGAUUUAUACGAUAAAGUGAUAUUAAAAUGGUCGAUGUCAACGGGAAGAAAGUAAGUAAAAAGAAGAAAGUUGAAACGAAAAAACGUCUUUACUCUCACUUACAAUUUCGUAACAGUAAUUUUAGUUAAAUUUUUAUUAUUUGAUAAUACGUUCAUCAUCUGUAUAAUUCAGCAUUUUCAGAUAUGCGUGAUAAAUAUCA